AUGACGGCGCGGCGGGGCCAGCUCGUCGACCGGUGGCGCGGGAUCCAGGAGGCCGAGGAGGCCGACGACGACGGCGAGCCCUCCGCGGCCAAGCAGCGCCGCCUCGACCAGGCCAAGGGGGAAUGGUUUUCACAUUGUUUCAAUUUUUUGGGAAGUUUGCCAAAAGAAGAGCAUAUUUGGUGUGGAUAUGCUGAUAUUAUGGGACCAUUUCUUGAGACGUUCCUUGGUUACUUUGAUGAACAAGAGGAAAAUUCACCUCCUAGAACAAUAUGGAAACGGAUUUCUGAAGAACUCAAUAUUUGUGCACAAUGUGUGUGUGAACACCACCAGGCACAGAAGUGUUUUGAUACUGAAUAUCGGUCUUGCUCUGAUCCCCUUCUGAAAGUAUUACGGCUUCUCGAUGAAGAGAGGGUUACAGAACAUCUUAGGCAGAUGAAUGCAAAAAUACAACUAAAGGAGUACAAACCUUCAUUGCAUGGUGCAGACGUUGUUAGCAUAAUGUUUGAAGUUCUGAUGUAUCCUGUUCUGUUAGAUGAUUUGUCAUUGGCUAAUCAGUUCCAGACAUUCAUUGAAAGAAUUGAUGAAAUAUUUGACGUGAGCUUGUCAGCUAAUCAGCAAUACCCUGGCGUGUAUGCAUUACUUUUCUUCAAAAGUUGUAAAGCUCGAGCAAUUGGGCUUCGCUUAGCCCGGUCCAUGGGGAAAUUGAGGAGAGCGGUUGAUCUGGACCCUUUGCAACCCUUACUGCAAAAAUAUAUUAAUUUUUUGGAAGCGGAUGUUCUUCCAUCUACUUUAGAAUCUCCAAGGCCCAGGGUGCAGCUCAAAAGAGCUGAUAUAUGGCUUGGAUUCAAAUCACUUCUUGGAUUUCUUGAUGCACCUGCUUUUGAAGAUGGAAUCUUGGAGAAAUACCCUAUAUUCCUGAAUAUUGUGCUUAAUCAUGUCAGUGAUGAUAGAUCUGAUUUGUCAUGUGCUGUCAGUUGCCUGAAAGCAUCAUUUGAAAUGCUUGGUUGCAAGCUUUGGUUGAGAACAACUUUAUCACCUAAUGUCAUGCGGAACACAUUACUGGGUCAUUGUUUUCAUACUAGAGAUGAGAAAAGCCACAAAGAAAUUUUUGAUCUUUUCCUUCCAUUUCUUCAGUCACUUGAAGCACUGCAAGAUGGUGACCAUGAAAAGCAAAGGAGGAACAUACUGUAUUUUCUUCUUCAUCAAGUAACUCGGAGUAGUAAUUUCAGUGCUCUGAUGAGAAAAAAUGCAACUAAGAUCGCUCUUCUUAUUGUACAAAGAGGUUACACAAUGAAUCCUCCUUGCCCAGCUUCUGAAUGCGUCCAUAUGUGGGGACCAUCUUUGAUUGGCUCAUUAACGGAUACAUCAUUACAUAGUUCUUUGCGUCAACCUGCACUUGAUCUCAUCAAUAUCCUCAUAAUUUCUGAUGUUUCUGCUUUGAUUUCAUUUCAACUGAAGUAUGAGUCUUGCACAAAGGGUGGUAUAAGCAAUUCUGUCAUAUUUGUUGAUGAUGAGGAUGAGCUGCCUGUCUUCUGUGAUGCUCAAGAGAUGGAUUACAGCUGUUGGAAUGAUUUCAGUAUACUGUACAAGUUGACAUGUCGGGAGUGCAAGGAUUGGAGAUGUGUCCCAUUGUUAUGGUACCUCAUAAUGGUUCAGUUGGAACCAUCUAAGCUGCCCAUAGCCUUUUCAAAAGCAGUGUUUUGGGCUCUAUCUCAUAUUUCUGUGUUGAAGCCUGAAGCAGCUACAGACUUGUCGUUGCCUGUUAAUGAUUGGUUAUCAUUGCAUGCUGGAGAAGUUUUGCCAACAUUUUCAUGGCAAGUUCCAAAUGGUGCAGAUGAUGGUGGAGUUGGUCAGGAGUGUAUCAAUAUUCUCAAGGUGUCACAAUCUUGCACACUAUUAUUGAAAAUAUUUAAAAGAUUUGCCAUUCAUGUCAUCAUGCAAAUUGAGAAAUGUGGGCUUCAAAAGCAAUGGGCCUGGGAAUCAAUGAUGGCGGAAAGCUUGAUUUUGACACUAGUCGAUCAUAAUGAUAAUGUGCGGCAAGUUGGGCGAGCUGUCCUGGAACAUGCAUCACAAGCACGGGGUUUGACGUCCGGGCUUCAAUUUCUGUGCUCAAGUGCAUCUUCCCUGUCUGCUACUUUUGUCGGUCUAAGAAAUGCAAUUCAAUUGGUGGAAACAAAAUCAGCUUUGGCAGAUUUUCAUAGUCUUCAUCACUUGUUUUUUGUCAUAUGCAAACUAUUAAAGGAUGUUGUUCAACAACCUUCAGUUGCAGAACAAGCAAAACCUAUUGAAGGUGGUUUCCUGCGCCAGUCCUUUUCAAAUGUAGCUGUCAACCUGCCAGAACAUUCAGUUGAUAUUAUUUCUUGGGAGAAGUUCAGCACUUUGCUUUCCGGAGCUCUCUGGCCUUUUCUUUCCACAUGCCUGCGAAGGGGAGAUGAUCUAAUAAAUACCAAACAGUGUCAGAUAUCAUGCGUUCGAUUGCUUGAGUUGCUUCCCCUUGUGUAUGACAGGCUUUGUUCAUAUUCUUCUAACAAGUUAUGCGGUAUGACAACAGCGGUUCAGGUUCUAGACCCUAAUGAUAUUACAUGGCUUUUUCACUUUAUUAAUUGGGGGAAAUCAUCACUCCCUGUGAUCAUCAGACACUGGAAACAAUGCAUGCUAUCUAUAAUUAGAAUAUUAAAAGGUUCACUUGGUGGCACCAUCCAGCACUACAUUGAAGAUCUUGGCAGUAUCGUUUCACAUGAUGCAGUCAAUAUCAGUGAACUCACACAGAAAAUUUCGGAUCUCAAACUUGCAUUGUCCAAGGAGACUUCUUCAAAAACUGAAAGGAGAGAAGUGGUCAGUGUACCAAUGUUCACAGAACAAAUUGCUAAUUUUCCUUCAGCUGUGCCCAUGGUUCAGGAGAGAAAUACUGGCAGGGACAAUGUUGGAACCAUGAAGCCUUCUCAAGCAACAUGCACUGAACAAAUAAUUCUUCUUUCAGACAGUGAAGAAAAUUCAUCAGCAGCUGAUGUGUCUGGUGAUGAGGUUUUGUCAUCUGUUAAAGGUAUUAAUGGACCCACUGCUUCAGAUAUUAUGAAAGAAGUUGAGCAUACUGAACAAAGAAUGCUGACUGAAGAUAGACAUGUGCUACCAAAACAACAGAUAGGUCCGGUCAGUCAUGUUGUAGCCUCUUCUAAACCUGUAUCAAAAGAUAGUAGAAGCAUAAUUUCUGCCAAAGAAGGAUUAGGUAGAACGAAAAUUCCAACUGUUCCAGUGAAUACGAAUGAUACGUCCCUUUUACCAAAAAAGAUUAAACCGCCUACUAGCACCACUCCUCAACCAUCACGUCCUAAUUUGUCAUCAGGUACAGAAAAAUUUAAGUCAAUCUUCAGAGAUAUAUCUGAUGAUGAAGAUGAUCCUUUAGAACAUGCACUUGAUAGCUGCCGAAAGCCACAACUUCGUUUAACAAAGACCAGCUUAUUGGUUCCUAAAAGACAAGUAGUCCAGCUUCCUUUGUCUGCUGAAAAGAGACAAUCUUUUGGAAGACCGGAUGCUAGUUCUCGACGACUUAAGCCUCCCAAACUGGACAGCUGGUUUAAGAACAUCUUGGAAAUGGAUUACUUCGCUGUUGUUGGUCUACCUUCUACUGAAAUAAUAAAGAAACUUUCUUUGAAAGAAAUUCCUGUAUGCUUUGAUUCACAAGCUCAAUAUGUUGAGAUUUUCCAGCCACUAGUUCUAGAAGAGUUCAAAGCUCAGUUGCAGAAUGCUUACGUAGAAACCCCUGUUGAAGACAUGAAUUGUGGUUCCAUAUCUAUACUCUCAGUUGAAAGGGUUGAUGAUUUUCUUCUUGUGCGUGGUCGCCCUGACAAUAGUGACAUUCUGAAACUCAAAAGUUGUAUGGAGAAUGAUUUGAUAUUGCUCAGCAAGGAUCCACUGAAAAGCACUAGACAGCAGGUUCAUGUGCUUGGAAAGGUGGAUCGGCGCGAGAGUGAUAAAAACAAGGCAUUAAUUCUUGUAAUGAAGUUCUUUCUCUCUAAUGAGAAUGCACGUCUAAAUAAAGUGAAACGACUUCUUGUUGAAAGAAGUAAGUGGUUCCUGAAUAGGGUUAUGAGCAUGACACCUCAAAUUCGAGAAUUCAGCGCGCUUUCAUCAUUGAAUGAUAUACCAGUGCUUCCGGUAAUCUUGAAUCCUGUUUCCUGUAAUUCAAUUUACCAUGGAUCUGGAAAAGCGUAUCUUGAUAAACUCUCACAACCUAUGCGAAAAGUUUUGAAGUCAUCAUACAAUGACAGCCAGCUCCAAGCUGUAAGUAUUGCUAUAGGACCGACAAGCUCCAAAACAAAUUUUGAUCUGUCUCUUAUUCAGGGCCCUCCAGGUACUGGUAAAACCAGAACUAUUGUUGCAAUUGUGAGUGCCUUGCUUUCUUUACAUACAUACAACUCCUCACAGAGAAAUGAAUCCCUCACCAUCACUCCUGCUGAAUUUAACAAGCCAAGAACAAGGAUAAGCCAGUCUGUUGCAGUAGCUAGAGCUUGGCAGGAUGCAGCCCUUGCUAAACAACUUAUAAAUGAUUCCCAGAGAGAAGUCCCUAAGUUGACAGAUCAACUUUCAAAAGGGCGGGUUUUAGUAUGUGCACAGUCAAAUGCUGCAGUUGAUGAACUUGUGUCAAGACUUAGCGAAGGAUUGUAUGGCACUGAUGGAAAUCUGUACAAGCCUUAUAUAGUGCGGGUCGGCAAUGCAAAGACAGUUCAUUCUAAUUCAGUUCCUUUCUUUAUUGACACACUUGUUGAACAAAGAUUAGCUGAUGAGUUAAAGACAAAAAGUGAUAGCAAAAAUUUAUCCGAUGCUGAAUCCUCUGGCUCACUUAGGGCUAAAUUGGAAAAGAUUGUAGACAGAAUUAGACACUAUGAGUUGAGGAGAAAAUUAGUUGAGGUUGAUAAAACAGAAAAUGACUCUGUUGUUCCCAAUGAAAACAGUACAGAUGAAGUUUCUGAUGAUGCAAUUGGUGCAAAGCUCAACUUUCUGUAUGCACAGAAAAGGCAAGUUUCUGCAGAACUUGCCACUGCUCAUGCACGUGAGAAGAAAAUAGCUGAUGAAAACAGAUCUCUUAAGCACAAGGUGCGAAAGUCAAUUCUUGGAGAAGCAGAAAUUGUUGUGACAACACUCAGUGGGUGUGGAGGUGAUAUUUAUAGUGUUUGCUCAGAAACUGCUUCAGCUAAUAAAUUUGUGAAUUUUUCUGAGCAUGCUUUGUUUGACGUUGUUGUCAUUGAUGAAGCUGCGCAGGCUCUUGAGCCUGCUACUUUGAUUCCACUUCAGCUUCUCAAGUCGAAAGGAACUAAAUGUAUAAUGGUUGGUGAUCCAAAGCAGCUACCUGCUACUGUGAUGUCUGGAUUGGCAAGCAAAUUUCUUUACGAGUGUAGUAUGUUUGAACGCCUGCAACGAGCUGGCUAUCCAGUGAUUAUGCUCACCAAACAGUACCGAAUGCAUCCUGAAAUCAGCAGAUUCCCAUCAUUGCAUUUCUAUGAAAAUAAAUUGCUUGAUGGUGCUCAGGUGGCUGACAAAUCAGCCCUGUUCCAUGAUCAUGACUGUCUUGGUCCAUACAUGUUCUUUGACAUAGCUGAUGGUCGUGAACAGUGUGGGAAAAAUGCUGCUACACAAUCACUCUGUAAUCAUUUCGAAGCUGAUGCCGCACUUGAGAUACUAGGAUUUUUAAAGAAUAGAUAUCCAUCAGAGUUCGCCUGCAGGAAAAUAGGGAUCAUAACUCCAUAUAGAAGUCAACUCUCUUUAUUACGUUCAAAGUUGAAUUCCUUUUUUGGGCCUGAAAUUGUUGCGGAGAUGGAAAUAAAUACUGUGGAUGGAUUUCAAGGUCGUGAAGUUGACAUAUUGGUGUUGUCAACUGUUAGAGCCUCCACUUCAUCUGACAGUGGACAUCGCUCUGGUGAAGCACGCAGCAUUGGGUUUGUUGCAGACGUGAGACGGAUGAAUGUUGCCUUAACACGUGCCAGGUUUUCUCUAUGGAUUGUUGGAAAUGCAAAGACAUUACAGAGCAAUUCACAUUGGGCUUCAUUAUUACAGAACGCUAAAGAAAGGAAUAUUCUCAUCUCGGUUAAGAGGCCAUAUGGUUUGCUGUUUGAGAAAGUUCAUUCACAUUCAGAAGAUAUUCAUGGUUCUAGUCAUACCUACUAUACAGGUCAUCGUAAGAACAAGGAAAAUGAAAAAAACAGUACAACAAUCUCACAGAAAAUUGAUGUUCGACUCCACAAAGAACAUGUGAGACAUACUGUCAAGACUCUGGAAACAGCAAAUGAAAGUUUACCAAAUGACCAAGCAAAAAGAGUAUCACGCUGGGAUCGAAAGAGUACAAAAGCUUGUGACCCCAACAAAAAAUCUAGCAAAGAAAAGGAACUGGUAUUGCAGCAUGAUGGUAUGAGAGUUACCAAAGGUUCAUUUAAACAUGACAUUGAACAGGACAAUGUGGUGACAAAGCAAAAGGAAGGAAAAGGGCCAAGUAUCCAUAAUGAUAAUCACCUCAAGCUUGCCAAUGUAAGUCUGAGGGAACUGAAUAAACCCAUCAAACAAAGUACUCAUUCAGAAGCUGACAAGGCCUUAUUUAACCAAGAUUCACUUCAGAAUUCUGAGGUUAAAAAGCAUGGCAGCAAAAAUUAUGAUAAGGGAACUGUUAAGGGCUCACAAAGUCGUGAUACUAAAGCAACAAGCAUGAAAAAUGAUGCUUCUCCACCAGCACAAGACAUGCAGAAGUUAAUACAAAAUGCCAAAGGGGCAAGGAAGUUCUCUGAAAAACCAAGAUUUGGUAAUUUGACUCAAUUUGAUUCCUCAGUUAAACAUGACGCAACUCUGGAGUCAGCAAAUAAGAGUGAUGGUGUUUGUCCACCAACAAACUUGGAAAUGAAGAAAAUCUCCGGUAAGGCCAAAAAUGCUAGGAGGUUUUCUGAGCACCCAAGACCUGGGAACACAAAUAAAGUGGACCCUUCACAUGAAGAAAGUAGCCAAAUGCCAGAACUAAAAGAAAACCAAGCAAGUAACUUAACUGCAGUUCAUCAAAAUCAUCUGACUGCAUCAAGGAAGCGGCAACGGGAGGAUAUUGAGUCGUUACUUUCAUCAUCUCUUAUAUCAUCAAAGAAGCAUGGGUCAAAGUUUCCUUCCAAGAAACAAAAAUGAGAUCCUGCAGUAAUUGGACCCUUGUCUUCUCAUGGAGCAUUGUAGCUUUUAACAUGCUGACGAGUUCAUCUCACGAGUUCUGCGGCUGCCGUAAUGUGAUCUCUCCACCGAUGCCAUGGAGACACAUGAAUUUUGAGUUUCACAAACUAACGAAGCAACUGAUUUUCAGAUAGCAGAAAUUCUUCUGACAUUGAUAGGUUGUCCUUUGGAGCUUCCCCCUGCUGACCAUCGUUCCAUCUGGAUGUGACAAACGCCAGACAAGACAACCCAUUUAAACAACAUAGAAGGCUUCUUAGUUGCUUCUUGUGUCUUUUGGUCUUGGUUCCGAGAUUGUGUUUGUAGAUGUGCAAACCAAUUUUGCCUUGUAAAUUACCUGUACAUAGUACCCAUAUAGCAGGAACACGACGGAAUCAUAUACAUGCCUGUCGAUGUCAAAUGAAAAAUGACGACUGUAUUGACAGUGGACUUUAUUUGGACUUCAAAUUCACUAAUACUUUGCAAGCUUCAAAAUGAUCGUCUUCCUUAAAAAAUGCAAAACAGU